CUGUGUAAGUGCACGAGUAGUUUACGGCAGCAUUCUUUCCUGCGGCUCUCUGUCGAGCGUCGUGCGCUUUAAUUCCGACGCUCGAAUUCGCGUCGUGGUCGCGGUCGCUUGCAGAGCGGCUGGCUCGGCGUGCUGCGAGAGCGGCGCUUGGGGCUUCUGAGCGCGAUGAGUGACCGCGAAAUCCACGAGGGCAUCCGAGAGCUCUGCGAGGGAUGCCUCAAGUACUCGGGGGACACGCUGGCCUUCGAGGACCUCGUCAUGUUCAUCACGGCCACCAGGAGGACCGCUCACGAUGCCACCCACCACCCCCACGUGCAGCGCAGAGGCUCCGGCCUGCACCCCGCACCCUCGCACUGGGAACCGCAGUACAAACUACCCCUCACCCAGGAACUCCGAGCCCUGCUCGCCGCCACCAAGACGCCCGCUUCAGCCGACGCCCCCGUCUCUCGACCGCCACCACCGCCCCCCCCCCCCCCCCCCCCAACUUAAGCGCAGCUCAUCCCGAGUAUCCGCGUCUCCGCGUAACCGAUGAGCGUUAACAAGAUAAGGGCUUCAUAAUGAAUGAGAUAGGGAUGUGGUGUUGGGUGAGAAAACGUUUCAGUGUUGAAUGUGGCGAAUGUUCUGAGUCGGAUGAGACAAGAGUUCUGUGUGCCUUGAACCUUCGUGCAAUGCGCAUCACUACCACUGGAACAUUACACGUGACAUGCAGUCUCAGUACCAUCUAUCUGAAGAAAAACCCGUCUCAUUAUGUUUCGAUUCUAAUUUGGUGACGUUUUGAUAAUAAUUCAAACACACUAAGUGUGUGUGUGUGUUUUAUAUAUAUACAGAUAAAACUGUUAUACUCUGCUUUACAUUA